AUGAUUAAUUUAAAGGACUGGAUUUAUUUUAAAUCCAGCUAUACGAUAUUAAAGAAUACGGGAACUCCAACUGCUGAAGAACUUGAUGGAAGAGAAAAGAGAAAGAAGUAUCUCUUUGUUACACUAGCCUUCACCAUAUUUAUUAUGCUAUUCACAGCUCUAAUUGUUGUUAUUUGUACAACUUUUCAACUAGUCAAGGCGUCCUCCUUUUUCCCAAGUAAAUCUUCAUCUACUACAAACUUUAGUUCAACCAGUGAUGUGGCUCCCGAAGCAACCAUUAUUCCAUUCACCAAUGGACAUGACUUGGACUACAAUUCUGAAACAAGAAGAGCCUCUAAGAAGCUUUAUGAACUAUUAACGGAUUUUGAUACCAGUUACUAUGACGACGAAAAUAUGAUACUAGGAACAAUAAAAUUGACCAAGAACGUUUAUUCAAGGCAACCUUAUGUUGCAAACGGUUACAUUGGUUCGAGAAUACCAAAUACAGGGUUCGGAUUUGCCUACGAUGAACUUAAUUUCUUCUCAGAUGCCCCCGGUGCUUUAAAUAAUGGCUGGCCAUUAAGAAAUCAACGGUAUGCAGGUGCUUUUGUCUCUGAUUUCUAUUCUUUGCAGGAAAAAUUAAACUCAACGAAUUUUCCUGAAAUCGAUAACAUCGGUUAUAGUACAGUUCUUUCUUCAAUACCUCAAUGGACUGAUUUACAAUUUAGUCUUUAUAAUGAUACGAUAUGGUUUAAUCCACUCGAGAUUGAACUAGAUGAUAUAACAAAUUACAGUCAAAAUUUAUCGAUGAAAGAUGGUAUCGUCACUACAGAAAUGGAUUGGUUAAAUAAUAUGAUACAUGUUAAGAGCGAAAUUUGGGCGCACAGAAAUAUUCAUCCUUUAGGAAUGGUAACUUUGGAACUUUCCUUAAACGUAGACAAUCUUCCUGAGGGAUUUGGACAAGUCGAUAUAAACGUCUACGAUAUUUUGAAUUUUACAACUUCACAAAGAACCUACUUGAAGGAUUUGGGUUACAAUGAAAAUACCGACAAUGGUAAUGGUAUUUACAUGAUUAUUGAACCAGAUAAUGUCCCUUAUUCUAAUGCAGCUCUAUUUUCAACUUGCUCUUUACAUUCUAAUUUUACUAAUAAUAAUUUUAAAUUUAAUUUUACUUCAAAAGAAGAAGGUUACGUUUCCCAAGUAAGCCAGAAUCAUUUAUCAAGAGAUAACCCAAAACUGGUCAUUCACAAAUAUGUUGGCAUCAUAUCUACUGAAUACAAUACUAACUCCGAAAAUAUUACAAAUAUUGAUUUAGCGACUAAAACUGCCACAAAUAGUAAAGGCAAUUACGAAUUAUUGAAAUCUUCACAUAAGCGAGCUUGGUAUGCCCUAUAUAAUGAUGCGUUCAUUGAAAUCCCUUCUGAUGCACUGUUGGAAAUGACAGCAAGAUCGUCUUUGUACCAAUUACUUGCCAAUACAAGAGCCUAUAACGUUUCCAGUGAUAGAGGCUUGCCAAUAGCUGUCAGUGGUUUAUCUUCAGAUUCAUAUGGAGGUAUGGUCUUCUGGGACGCUGAUCUAUGGAUUGAGCCUGCAAUUUUACCGUUUUUCCCUCAGAUAGCUUUGAAUAUGAAUAAUUAUAGAAAUUCAACGCACGCUCAGGCCAAAUUGAACGCUGAACAGUAUGGUUUUCCUGGCGCCGUUUAUCCGUGGACUUCAGGUAGAUAUGCUAACUGUACGUCAACUGGUCCGUGCAUUGACUACGAAUAUCAUAUCAAUGUUGAUAUUGCAUUGGCAACAUUCUCAAUCUAUCUAAAUGGUGGUGAUGGGAUUGAUGACACUUAUCUCAGAUAUACAACAUGGCCUAUUGUAAGGGAUGCUGCAAUUUUUUUUAGUGUCUAUGCCAAGUAUAAUAGCACUUUGGGGGUGUAUGAAACCUACAACUUAACAGACCCUGAUGAGUAUGCAAAUCAUGUUAACAAUGGUGCUUUCACCAACGCUGGUAUCAAGACACUAUUGAAAUGGGCUACUGAUAUCGGAAAUCACCUCAAUGAGUAUGUUGAUCCAAAAUGGAUGGAGAUAUCCAAAAAUAUAUUAAUUCCAAGGUCUUCCUCAAAUAUUACCCUUGAGUAUUCAGGAAUGAAUAGUACUGUAGAAAUUAAACAAGCUGACGUUACGCUAAUGGUUUACCCAUUGGGUUAUAUUAAUGAUGAAUCGAUCUUGAAUAAUGCUAUAAAGGACUUAUACUAUUAUUCUGAAAGGCAAUCAGCUUCAGGUCCUGCAAUGACUUAUCCAGUGUUUACGGCUGCUGCUGCUGCUUUAUUAAAUCAUGGGUCUUCGUCACAGAGCUACUUAUAUAAAUCAGUGCUACCAUACUUAAGAGCACCAUUUGCCCAAUUCAGUGAACAAUCAGAUGAUAACUUUCUAACUAACGGUUUAACUCAGCCAGCUUUUCCUUUUUUAACAGCUAAUGGAGGUUUUUUGCAAAGUAUUUUGUUUGGUUUGACCGGUAUCAGAUAUUCAUAUGAAGUUGAAGAAGAUACUAAGAAUCUGAUAAGAGUUUUGAAAUUCAAUCCGUCCAAACUACCUCUUCUACCAGGAGGUAUUGCCAUUAGAAAUUUUAAAUACAUGGGACAAACAUUAGAUAUUAUAAUUAAUGAUUGUAAUGGUACCAUUGUUCAUAAAUCAGGUAAUGAGUCCAUCAGGAUCAAAGUUCCAGAUAGGCAACUAAUUCGCGACAGAGAUAUAAAGGUUUUUGACCGUACUGAGAAUGCUUUGAAUCGUCGUGCUUUUGAUGAAGACGCUGGACUCUCAAAACAUGCAACCUACUAUACUCUGCACCCACAAGAAGAGUUCAUUUUGCAAUUAUAUACACCUAAUCUAAAUGUCGAAGGAAAUUUAAUUGAAAGCAAGCAAAUCACUAAUCUAACUGCAGGUGUACCAGGUGACGUUCCGUAUUCAGCCUUAGAUGGUAAUAAUUUCACACAUUGGCAGCCAAUUAACAAAGAUUUCAAAGGUAAAUUAUUGAUAGAUUUAGGUGACCAAAAUGAACAAGAAAUCAAUGGAGGAAUGAUUUUAUGGGGCCAACGGCCUGCAAAGAAUAUUUCAAUAUCGAUUUUACCUCAUACAGAGCGUAUCGAGCUAAUUUUUUCCAAAGUGACAGAAAUCUUAGAGGAUCCAAAUGUUUUGGAUACGAAAAAGGAAAUCAAGGAUUUUUUGACAAGUUUAUUAGAAAAUGACAGUCCAUCUACUGCAGCCUGUUCGAACGACGUUUUGACUAUUUUAAAUUGGAAGAAUGAUGAUUUUGGUUCAAUUAUGAAACAACUUCCGGACGUAUCUUCGUUACACGAAAAUUUUGUAACUAUUAUUGAUGAUAUGGAGGUUAAGCCCACAGAGCCUUAUUACCACGAAGUAAUGGAAGGAACGUUAAUUGAACUUCUGCCCAGUAAUAGGACUGAAUUUAAAGUUGACUAUGACAACGUUGACUUUAAUAAAUCUGUUAAUUGUUUCCACGAUAUAAGUGACAUCAACGGAUGGAAGAAAGCAAGGUACAUUGUCGUUUCUGUGGAGGGUACUUUUGAUGAUGAUGAUGAUGAAAGAGGUGCAACAGUUAAGGAAAUUGUACUGACAUCUUAA